AUGAAGCCAACACAGAAAAUAAAUAUUUGUCACCAGUUUAAAUGGUUUGUUCCAUUAGCUGACAUUACUAAGGCCCUAAUUGACCACUGUAGUUCAAGCUGUAGAUUCAUCUUCGGCUGUGAUGCAAAUGAUCACCACACAGUGUGGGGUAGCAGCGAUUGUAACCAGCGGGGUGAUGUACUCAUGGAACAUAUCUUACAUUUUAAUUUGUAUGUCCUUAAUGAAGGCAAUGAACCUACCUUUGUUACUUGUAACAGAAGGGAAGUCAUUGACCUUACUUUAUGUAACUCUAGUUCAGUAGAUUACGUUACUGAUUGGAAGGUAUCUGGGGCAGUUACUGCUUCAGAUCACCAACUAAUUACUUUUUCUAUUAAAGGCCUCUCAGGUCUGAAGGUCGUUACGUCUACUAGCUCCCCAAGACGAGUUCCUUGGUGGUCUUCUGAGCAUAGUAAAUUACGUAAGAAAUGUAGGAAGUUAUUUAACAGAGCAAAGAAAUCUGGAGAAUGGCAGUCCUACAGAAACGCUCUAACUGCUUUUAACAAGGCGAUCAGAGCAUCUAAACGUCGCUCAUGGCAGAUUUUCUGCGAUGGUAUUAACACUACUUCUUCCACCGCAAAGAUUGCAAAAAUUCUUACUAAAGACUUCAAUUGCAGUUUAAAUGCCAUCCGUCUUACAAACGGAAGAUACAGUGAAUCAGGGGAAGAGGCUGUUGGAGAACUAUUUGAAGCACACUUCCCUGGAUCUAAUCCUGUGGAGAAUGAAAAUCUACAUAUUAUUACCACAAUUACUUGUAGUAGGAAUGACUGGGAGGCCGUCAAGACGGUGAUCUCCUAUGAGAAGGUUGUAUGGACCUUAAAGUCGUUUAAGCCUACAAGUCAUCAGGCAUGUAUGCCAUCAUACCAAUGA